CCCGCACCAUGCUCCCGCUGCUCCCGCUGCUCCUCCUGCUCCUGCCCGCAGCCCACGGCGCAGUGGAGCAUGUGAAGUACACGCCGUUCCUGACCAAGACCCCCGUGCUGGAGGGGCUGACGACCGGCUCCACCUUCGUGCUGGAGCAGCCCCGCUGCGUCUUCGACAAGUACAGCAAUGCCGACAUCUGGCUGGUGGUGGCUCUGGAAAACACCGCAGCCACCUUCAACAACAGCGUUGCGCCGGGGACUGAUGAGAGCGCGUUCCAGAACUUCCCUAAGAGAGUCCCGGCCUACAUGACCCUCAAUGCCACCCUCGCCAACUACCCCUGCCCCAAACCCCCCGGGGAUAUCACGGUGCUGCGCGUUGGCAGCGAGACCAGCUGCAGCGAGGAUGAUGCGAGACCCACCUGCAAUGGCCCCCUGCCCGGCCCCGGGCCCUACCUGGUGAAGUUCCUCGCCCUGGAGGGCUCCGAGCCCGUGGCUGAGACAUCCUGGUCACAGCCCAUCAUGCUGAGGACAGCCAAGUCACCCAACAGCAUCUCCACGACGGACAGAGGGCACAGCGCCGGCAUGAUCGCUCUCACCACCAUCCUCUCCAUCCUCUUCGCCAUCCUCCUGGCUGGCCUGGUGGCCAUGCUCGUCUUCUGGGGGCGCCGUGCAAAGGGCAGCAUCACAUUCACACCCAGCCCCGGUCACAGCGCCCUUACGGGCUGUCCUUGUCCUGCCUGGGAGGGGUGUUAGCAACCUGCCCCCCCUCCGCUGCCGGAGCCGCCCCCGUGGAGCCCAGCCAAGGGAAAUCAAGCAAAUCCAGCGAUUAACUCCUGAGGAGAACCAGCGUAGGUGCAGCCGAAGGACGGUUCCAUCCGGCAAACGCGGGUCCUCUCCGACCCACAUCCCGUCUCCCGAAA